AGUGAAAACUACCGACUUUCGUUUCCUUCGCGAAACUUAUUUUUACCUUGACGUUGUGCCUGGGAAAGGGGAAGUAAAUGUAGAUAUCAGAGGUGAGCUGAGUGUUUCUGUCUCAUCGGGUGGACAAACUUCAGAAACACGAUGGAGGCAGCUGACGGGGAACCACUGCUCCCGGAUGAGCUUGAAGCACCUCCUAACGCCGCCCUGAAUGAGCUGCUGAAUGUGGGGCAGGAAGCCGACAUGCAGGGUCAGGUGGAGGAGUUUCUGGCCCCGCAGGCAGAGUACAAUGAAGAAGAGGAGGAGAGGAAAUAUUACAGGAGGAAGAGGCUGGGAGUCAUUAAAAAUGUUCUUGCAGCCAGUUUAGGAGCCAUGGUUGUGUACAGUGUGUACAUGGGUCUCCUGCAGAUGCAGCUGAUUCUCCAUUAUGAUAUGACCUACCGGGAGGUGAAGUAUAGCAACCUUGGUUUGGAGGACAUCGACCGUAAGAUGCUGAUGGGCAUUAACGUCACUCCCAUCAUAGGCCUGCUGUACACCCCCAUACUUAUCAGGUUUCUUGGAACCAAGUGGAUGAUGUUCCUGGCUUCGGGAAUCUACGCACUCUUCGUCUCAACCAAUUACUGGGAGCGAUAUUACACCUUGGUUCCAUCAGCAGUAGCCAUUGGUGUGGCAAUUGUGCCAUUCUGGGCCUCCUUGGGAAGUUAUAUCACUAGGAUGGCCCAGCAGUACUAUGAAUACACCAACUACAAGGAGGAACAUGUGCAGGAGCAGAAGAAGCUUCCUAAGGGGGCGUGCAACAGCUACAUCAUAGUUUUCCACUCAGUCUUUUAUAUCAUCUUCCAUCUGAGUUUGGUCUUUGCGGAGUUCCCCAUGUUUUUUGUCCUUAACGAUUACCUGCGUGAGAGCGACCACAUUCUCAGUAGUGUCACUUCCUGCGGAGCAAAUAUCAGUGGCGUGGUCCCCGGCUUCAACACCACCGUGCUGAAAAACCUGCCUGCCUCCAUGCUGCUUAUCAAGGUGGAGAGUGUCCUGAUGGGCUUCGCCUUCCUCGCAAUGAUCAUCUUCCUCGUGCUGUGUGGUGCUGCUUACCGUCCCACAGAAGAGAUUGACCUCCGCAGUAUCGGCUGGGGAAACAUCUUCCAGCUUCCUUUCAAACACCUGAGAGACUACCGGCUGCGACUGCUCUGCCCGUUCUUCAUCUACAGUGGACUUGAAAUGAUGUUUGCCAUCACUGGAUUCUCUUUGUCCUAUGGUGUGUGCGUUUUGGGUCUCAAAAAGCUGUGGCUCCUGAUAGUGGUAUACGGCCUCUCCUGCUCCAUAUUUUCCUCCCUCUCCCUUUGCCUCCUGCACCUCCCGCGCUGGCUGUGCCUAAUCGGAGGUGCUUUUGUGCAUGGCGUGCUGCUGGUGGCUCUCAUGGCGUUCUCUCUAACGAAGAACCAACCAUCUUAUCAGGCCCCUCUGCUGGUUAUCUCUGUGCUGUGGGGACUUGGCACUGCCCUCAACAAGACGGGUGUCAGCAUUUUGGUUGGUAUGCUGUACUCUGAGGAUAAGGAACGUCUGGACUUUGUCUAUACUAUCUAUCACUGGUGGCAGGCCAUCGCUAUCUUCAUAGUCUACCUCUGGUCCCACCUACCAAUGAGGGCCAAGCUCUCCAUCCUGUUGGCCACUUUGCUGCUGGCCUGUUACUGUUAUUGGUUGAUGGAGCGUCGGCUGGCCAUGAAAGUUCAAUACAGACUGCCUCGCAUCCCUCGCCCACGGCACAAGGUCAAAGGCUACCGUUACCUGGAAGAGGACAACUCAGACGAGUCUGACUCUGACAAGAGUGAGGAGGAUGAGGACAGGGGGAGUUUUGCAGGGGAGAUGGGAGCAGAUGACAGGGAGGAAGGAGACCAAGAAGUGGGGGCCCCCAGGGCUGACUCACCAGGAGCAAGGAGGAGAAUGGCUGGGGGUCAGCGACCCAGAGAGGAGGACGCCAAUGUGCAGUAGGAAGAGGGGAAAGAGCGUCAUGGAGGGUAAGCGUGGAGAAAAAAGGAGCAGAAUCAGAGGACAUGUCUGUCAGAUAUCAUACAGAAGAGGAAGUUAAUGCUGUUGUGUUUCUGUCCCCUCCUAUUCUCACAGAUAUUUAUACACAUAUAUGAAUCUUACAUAUUUUACCCAUCAAAGCUUUUUUACCUUUUUAAUAAUCAUCAUAACUGUGAUCCAGAAGAAGGGGUAAAAAACGAAACAUUAUAUUGCAUUUCAAACAACAGGUAUGACAAUCUUAGAAGCACAUUUUGGAUAAAACAAGCUUAGAACUUGCAAAACAAACCAAAAAGUUUGUUCUGCAGUUUGUGGCUCAAUAAUUGAAUGUCUUAUAAUAACUAGUAGUUGUUGUUGUUGGGCUUUGCUAAGAAGGGAACAUAUUCUGUAACACUUUGGUAUUGAUUUUUAAAAGUAGAAUUUAUCAGACAUGAAAGAACUGAAAGAGACGGAGCACAAAUUAGUCAUUGAUUUUCUGAAUCCUCCUCAGGGUGACAUUGUUUGAAUGGAGUUGUUUUUAGAGAGUCCUGUUCAAUGUGAACAGGAUGAACAGACACGCACUUUUCACUUUAAUGUCUUUAUUUACCUUCAAAUCUACACUUGUGGAUAUGCUAUCAAUAGCAUUUUCAAACCUUUUCUAACCUGGUGUCUUACAAUGAGAUUAAGAUCUAGUCCUUGAUAUGAUACAGUACUCUCUAAAGAAAACCCACUGUGUAGCUUGAUGUAUCUCUUUGGAAGAGUAACACAUGCUUUUUACAGAAAAUAUAAAUAAUAUGAAUGUAUGUCAAUAUGCAUAGCUCAUAGUGCAACAGGUACGGGCGGUCAGUCAAGUUCAAUGCUAGUGAGGUUUGCAAUUUGAAAACAUUUGCCACACGAAUCUGAAUAUGUGAAUUGUCUCAAUAGUGAACAUGCUAAUGUUAGCAUGCUAACAUGCUCAAAGUAACAAUGUUUAUAUUUUGGGCUAAAAUGUAUACCUUGCUAAUGUAGCGUGAUAGCAAGCUAAAGGAAAAGCAAAUUUUUCACAGUAAGCGAAAACAGCCAUGGCUGAUAAGGAUGCAUUUUUCAGAUAUUUACUUAUAAACCAAAGGUGUGGAUGAAUUUAAAUUGUAACCCUUAUAAGAAAGAAAAAGGGGAAGGUUUCUAGAAAUUCAGGGGAUCACCUUAUUAAUGUAUAUAUUUUGACAAGAAAAUGAAAGUUUGUACAGAAUUAGCGGGGAAGCCAUCUGAGGGCUGAUUAAACAUUUCACUUAAAUAUCCUGAAAAAAAGAAGGAAGCACCAAAGUGUUUAUGAUUCAUCACCCAGGGACCAUGAAUGUUUGGACAACAUGUAAUGCUAAUGAAUUUAUCCCAUUAGUAAUUUAUGAUACUUCUGUACAGAUGUAUAAAGUUGUUCUGCUAGAGGGGUCACCAAAAACUGUGUUUUUUAGCCAAAAGCUGGUACAGAUAAUGAUGCAUAAAAGGAACUAUGCCAGUCAGUGUCCACAUGCCCAUCAAAAGAAGCAUUGUGACAUUUUACUGAUAAUUUAAUUGUUUAAUUGAAUUGAGAGACUUUCCUGCUUUAAUGCACACUGGCUCACUGUCGCCACAUUGUCAUUGCUGACUGGGACACUCAUACACAUUAGUCCAUCAUAAAUGUUGUUAGUACCUGUAUAUGACAAGUGAAAAUGUCAAUAGUAAAGGGUUUAUAAGGUCUUUAGAUACCAGCUAUUGGAUCAAUUAUAGGGAAAAGAGGAAGGGGGUUUGGGGUCUGCAAAAAAGGUUCAGUUGUUUAAUGUACUGAACUCGAAUGUUUUUCUUUUUGUUACUGGCAAUUUUCUGAAAAAAGUCACCUUCCUGGAAAUAACCAGACUUCAGCACACUUUUUUAGUUUGUUGGUUUAAUUGGUUUGAUUCUUUCAUUCUGCCGGUUAGACGACAGGUGAAAUGUAUACAGGUACUGUCCCUGACACGAGGGUAAGGGUUAGUUCACCUGUAGUUUAUUCUGUCAAAGUAUAAACAGAAGAAUCUUAGUUAAACUUGCUAUUAGAAAUAGGUCUAAGUUCUCUAGUGGACAUAAUGCAUUCCAUUUUUGCAAUGAAAAUACAUUUUCAGUAAACUGAUGCAAAAGCUAGUGGAUGUUACACUGAUUUUUUGUAAAAUGAAACUUUGUUCUUCUGUCUUGAAGAAACACAUUAAACACAAUGUUGUUUUGAAGAGCUUCAGUCUGUGAUUGUGUCUUUGACUAGUGGGUGGUGAAAUCUCAAAGUCACCUAAAUAUGAAAAAGUCACCUUUGUAUUAAAUCAUAAGUGACAGCCAAACACUUAUUGCCAUGGAAACUGUAAAGCACUUGAGAGAAAUGCAAAAUUGCUAAAUAAAUGGUAAAUGGACUUAAA